AUGUGGAACCAAGCUAGUUUCAGUGUGGAGUUAGUAGAGAAGGGGGAGCAAUACAUUCUCACUCGAAUUACUUUCCAUAAUAAGAAACCAUUCCUGUUCUCGGCCAUCUAUGCUAAUCCUAGAUUGGAGAAAAGAAAGGAGCUUUGGGAUACUGUCAGGAGACAACAUGCAAUGAUCCAGGAGCCCUGGAUGCUUGCAGGGGAUUUUAAUGACAUAGUAUCGACAGAGGAGAAAAGAGGAGGUGCCCCUGUGGACCUCAAUGUGUGUGCUACUUUUGGUUCUGUUCUGGAUAACUGUCAACUUCUGGAUUUGGGAUAUUCUGGUCCUCUUUUUACUUGGAAAGGCCCGAAGUUUCAGCACCUGGAUCGAGUUUUUAAAAGAUUAGAUAGGGUUGUGGCUAAUGCCCAAUGGAGGAUGGCCUUUGAUGAAGCAGUUGCUCAUGUGAUACCUCGUGUUUAUUCUGAUCACUGUCCCAUCAUUCUCAGCUUAGAUAAAGAUAUUUUUGGUUGA